UCUCCCUAUAUAUUCUGCAUGCACUGAGGUAGCCUCAACCCCUCAGGGACCUGGCGCAGACGUGCAACCUGUUUCACACAACCACUGCUACUUGAAGGGGUAAAAGAAGCAAAUGAUACCAAGAGAAGCUCGUAACAAAGAUCUAAUCACCAGAUGUGUACGGAUGAAAAUACAGUGAGAUGAGUCAGAAGGCGGUUAAGGAGGGCCCCAGACUCUCCAAGAACCAGAAAUUUUCCGAGCACUUCAGCAUACACUGCUGCCCGCCGUUCACUUUCCUCAACUCCAAGCGUGAGAUUGUGGAUCGGAAAUACAGCAUCUGUAAGAGUGGCUGCUUCUACCAGAAGAAAGAGGAGGACUGGAUCUGCUGUGCCUGCCAGAAGACCAGAACCAGCCGCCGUGCAACGUCCCCUCAGAGGCCCAAGCAACAGCCAGCUGCGCCCCCCGCGGUGGUCAGAGCACCAGCCAAGCCACGGUCCCCUCCGAGGUCUGAGCGUCCGCCACGCCCCCGCCCAGAGGUCCGACCACCGCCAGCCAAGCAGCGCCCCCCUCAGAAGGCCAAGCAGCAGCCGCGCAGCAGCCCCCUCAGAGGGCCGGGCGCCAGCCGUGGGGGGUCCCCCGUCAAAGCUUCUAGGUUCUGAUUGAAAAGGAGGAUCAAACCAGCUGCAAAGAAGAAGUGACCCAGGAGGAGUUUCAAGUGAAUGGAAGGCCUCAGCUCCUGGGCUCACUGCUUCACAACCCACCUGUCCUGAGACAAGUUAUCCAGUUUUGAAUAUGAUGCAGGGGCAGACACCUGCUGAUGUGGCAACUGCCGAUGCCCACAGUCCCCAUGGCAGGAGGGUCCUGGGGCAGCCUGCCUGGAGCACUUUGAAGAUAUCAUCCCAUUGUCUUCUGACUUCCAUAAUUGCCAAUGAGAAAUCCACUGUCAGUCUACUUGUCCUUCCACUGAUUCAAGUUUCUUCAAUCUGAAGAUACAUGUCUUUCUUCAGGGAUGUGCAGGAAAAAAAAAAGAUAUUGUUGCAUAACCGUGAAAUGGCAAAAAUAAAAAAGAAAUUAUCAAGUGUUGGCAAGAACGUGGGGAAAAUUCUCAUAAGCUGCCAAUAAGAAUUUAUAAACUAUUACAACACCUUUGGGGUGCAAUCUGGGGAUAUUAAAAAACAGUAUAUUGUAUAACCUGUGAUCAAGCAAUUAUGAUUUUAGGCACUCAUCCCAGAGAAAAAUUGAAUUUAUAGAGAAAAGAGAUACACAUAAAUUUGUUUAAUGAAUUAUUUUUUGCCAUUGGGGGGAAAAAAGAGAUAGAAAAAGUUAACCAAAAUUCUCACCAAUAAGAGAAUGAGUGGAUCAAUUGUGGUAUAUUCAUAAAUAAAAUCCUAAACAGCAGUGAAAACAAUGAAUCAGAUGCACCACAUCAGGUAGAUAAAUUUGGAAAACAAAAUGAGGAGUAUAAAAAGCAAAUACUAGAUGGUAAAUGCAAUAUGAUGCCCUAUGUAUAAACUUUAACAAACCACACUACUAUGUUGUGUAUUUCUAAUAAGCAGAAGUCAUAAAAUCUCACACUUUAUCUAUAAUGCAAUAGAAUAAAAAAUGACAACAAAGUAAAAGGAUAUACAAAAAAUCUAUAUUCUUAGGAAUAAAAACAAUUUUUAAGAACUCCUGGUUUGAAGAAAUAAUAGAAAUUAAAAUCUAUAUAGAAAUAGUUAAAUAUUAGCCAGACAGAUAUUUGUUUGGGGAGAUAAGUGGGAGACUGAUGAAAAUCCUGGAGUGACUCUAAGGUUACAAGUCUUAGAAAACAAAAAUGUUUCUUUGGAGUUGGUUUUGGGUGUGGACUUAUGAUUGUGGCUUCUGAUGGUUUUUGACAUGGGGAAACAAGGGGAAGAGAUGGAAUACACUCUUCUCCCACAAAUCUUCCUUUAGCAAUAGAUAGGAAAACACAGUAGAAGACAGUAGAAUGUUGUAGAAUGUGGAGGGAUGUAAAAUGGACAGUAUUAAAGUAGAGAGAAUCUCAGAGUAUAGGAAAGAAAGUGCAUUAGGUGUUAUCUUGUGCAGAGAGCUGGUGUGGUCAAGCACAGGCAGCUGCCCGAAGCUCCAACAGGGCCAUGGCUCUGUGUCCUUGAGUGAGCACUGCCAAACCUAGCCAUGUUUAAGAAGCAAAUAAAAAUAUGGGGACAAUGUCAGAGGAAGGUGGGGGGGGGGGCUGGGGGGAGAGACAAUGCCAGAGAGUAGGGAGAAAGAGUGGUAGACUCAGAUAAGAUAUGGCUCAGAUGCCAUGCCCCCAGAAAUAGGAAUCAAGCUAAGUACUGUCCCAAGGAAGCUGGGGGGAGGGGGCGGGUUGAGGUCAGAGUGUCCUGGCUCCCUCACUUGGGGAUACCAUGGCUGUCUGUGGAAGUGCCAAUAAAAAGGCAGGGCAAUUUAACUACACAGAAUCUUCAGGUAGAAAUGUUUGUCUUGCCUAAAUUCUGGUGCUAAAUGAAAAACAAAAUGAGAACCUCUACUAUGAACAGUUUCUAAUGAUGAGAUAUCUAAGGCCUUACAUUCCUGGUAUAACACGGUGGGGUGGGGGUAGAAGUAGAAUACAUGUCAGACCACUGGUGAAUGAGGACAAAGUACCAUUCUAGUCCCAUCCAGACCCAAUAAAGAAACUUAGAAACCCUUCAGCUUGUUUUAGAUUUUGGCAAAGCCAGACACCAUACUCAGAGCUUGCUGGGGUCUAGGUUCCAUGUCAUCCAGAACACACACAAUUACUACAGAAUAAUUGUGGAGGGGAGAGCAUAGCAUACAUUAAUUCAUGCAAAAAGUUGGAUAUUAGUUCAAAAAUGUUAAAAUACUGGAUUCUCAAUUCUUGUCUGUUGUGGAAAUAAAACUUGGGGAUGGAUCAAAAUAUCUGGAAAUUACUUCAAACUGGUGGGCAGCUAAAUGUAAUGUGCCUUGGAUGUUAUAACUAAAAUGUACUGUAAUCCAAUUAUACAUUUUAUCUUUUAAGGUUUGUUCCGGGGAGCACUACCCUGUAAAUAUUAUGGAAAUUAUAUAAAGUUCUGAAAGCUAUUCUAUACUAACUUCUUGAGUGGAUAUUCUCAACCACAAUGUCUGGUAGAUGACUGUGAUAAUUCCGGAUGUUGACUGAUUUCAUGUUUAGACAUUUUGACUGGUUUUGGGAAACCUGAGGUGUGUACUCAGAAUUGUCCUGGUAGAUGCUUAACAACUGAGUCUCUGGGUAGAAAGCCUUGAUUUAUAGUGUUUGCCAAUUUCCAUGGUGUAAAUAUUUCCACUAUGCUGAUUUCAAGCUGUAAACAUGAUGUCCCUCAAUGCAGAAUUGGGAGAUGUGCACAACUGAUUCUUGUGAAUCAGCACAGGUCAGUGCCAGGGCACCACUGUAAUACCCACAGCCUCUGUAAAACUAGGGUGUACUACUAAAAAUUAUGCCCCAUAUAUAUACAAAAGCACUAGUAA